AUGAUGGCAUCAACAAUACUUUCACUUUCUCAAGUUGGUAUUCAUGAGAAUAACGAUGAAAUACCCUUCGAUAAGCAAUCAUCGUUCUCUAAUCCAUUGAGAAAUAAUCCUAUACCUAGAAAUGCUCCAUCAAGGAAUACGAUUUCAUUCCGUGAUAUAAAAUAUGAGAAAGGUAAUGGAUUUUUUUAUAAUUUCCGUGAAUUUUGGUGUGUACCUCCGCUUAAACAUGAAGAAAAAUCAAGCCCAAUUCUUGAUAAUAUUUCGGGCAUUUUUAAACCGGGACUAAAUGCAAUUAUGGGUCCAAGUGGAUGUGGAAAAUCUUCAUUAAUUGAUGUUCUUGCUAAUCGAAAAACUCCUAAAAGUUUUUCUGGUGAAGUAUUUUUGGAUGGCCAGCAAAUAGAUAAGUCAUUUAAAUAUGUGUCUGGUUAUGUUGUUCAAGACGAUAUUCUCAUGGGUACUCUUACUGUAAAACAAAACAUAAUGUUCUCACUUAAUACUCGUCUUAGAACUAAGUUAUCAGAGGGAGAACGUAACAAGCUAAUCGACGAAGUUCUUAUAGCUUUACAAAUUAAACAUCUUGAAAACAAAACAGUAGGUACAGAGCUCACACGAGGUAUAUCAGGUGGCGAGCGAAAGCGAACAUGUAUUGCUAUGGAAUUGAUACUUAAACCGAAAGUAUUAUUUCUUGAUGAACCAACUACAGGACUUGAUGCAACAAUAGCACAAACGGUCAUGAGAAUUUUGAAGAGAGAGUGUCAAAGAGGAUGUACAAUUAUAUUUUCAAUUCAUCAACCACGUUAUUCAAUAUUCAAAUUAUUUGAUCGAAUAGUUUUGAUGUGUAAAGGAAAAAUUGUUUAUAAUGAUUCACCAAACAAUGUCGUACCUUAUUUCAAUAGACUAGGAUUUGAACGUGAUCCUCAUGAUAGUCCACCUGAUUUUCUUUUGGAUAUUCUCGUCGCAGCUAAUAGAGAUACCGCCGAAAGUAGAACAGCACUUAAUACUUUAGUUCGUCAGUAUCAGAGAACAAAAACAUUUCAACAAAUGCCUUAUGAAAUCGAUCAUCAAAUACGAUUAGCUUUUUUUAAUACGGCUAAUAAUAAAAACCAAAAUAUUAAAAAAUCAUUUUUUGACGAAUUUCGUUCUAUAUCAAAACGAAUAAUGAUAAAUACAAAAAAACAUAAAAAAUUAGUUGUAGUUCAAAUAUUGGUAUCAAUAUUUAUUAGUUUAUUAAUUGGUCUUGUAUUUUUUAAUAUGCCUAAAACAGUUGAUCCAGGUAUACAACAUCGAUUAGGUGCUAUAUUUAUGAUUGUUUCAAGUAAAAUAUUAUCAACAGUAACAGCAAUUGAACCAUUAGUUAAAGAACGUGCUUUAUUUAUUCAUGAAAACUAUGUAAUAAUAUAUUAUGAAAUGGGACGACCAGUUAUUUUAUGUUUUCAUAAUACUAAACGUUGA